AUGACGAUGACGCGUGCUGCGACGACGACGACUUUUCGUUGGUGUUGUUUCGAGAAGACGCCUUCUUUACCAUCGGUGCGAACGAGAAGAAGAAGAAGAAUGAAUCAACGCAUCAUCGUCCGAGCGGUGUCGGAACCGACGCGAUCGUAUUACGAAGAGAAGGAAGAUUAUCUCCACGAGAACAACGUGAACAACAACGCGGAGUCUGCGUCGCAAACGUUGAAACUCUCCGUGCAAGACAGAUUGCGCAUGGGGAAGAAUGCGCACAGGUUUCGAUCGGUCGUGUGUUUAGGAACCAGUCCGAGAGCGGUGGGAUCAGGAUCGGAAGUUUUAUUCGUCGACGGGGAAGACGUGUAUGGCGUACACGACCAAUAUCUUCCCAACAAAAAUACCAAAAACGGUGGAAAAAAAGAAGUCGUAUCCUCGGAGCUCAUCUUACAGAAAUCUGCGUUCGCGGUGGAAAUGGCCGUGAGAAAGAUUCGGUCGACCUAUUUCGCGGCGACGACGUGGGAAAAUAGACAUUAUUUAGUGAGAGAGGAGCGAGAUCCGCAGGACGGAAGCGUGAUGAAUUUGAGCAUCCGAGAGGCGAAAUUGAGCGAACGGUUGAGAAGACGGAUGGAAAACGAACAGAUGAGCCAAUUCGAGAGAAUGGGCAGAGGGUUUCCUAUUUUAGACGCGUAA